GUUGAGCCGUUGCUUCCGAGUUGGUGGGAUCUUGCUGAGCCUGGACCACACACCACCACCGGCCCGGGUGCCAAUGGCUGCCCGCUGGGGCUGCUCCAGCCACCUGAACGAGGACAAUGCCCGCUUCGCCCUGCUGGCCCUGCUGAUCUGCUUCUACCUGGUUUGCGGGGCGGCAGUCUUCUCGGCCAUGGAGCGGGGCCGGGAGAAGGAAGCCCAGCGCCAGUGGCUGCAGAGGAGGGAGAACUUCAGCCGCCGGCACAACAUCAGCAGGGCCGAGCUCAGCGCCUUCCUCCAGCACUACGAGGAGGCAGGCAUGGCCGGGGUGCGGGUAGACGAGACGCGCCCGCGAUGGGACUUCGCCGGCUCCUUCUACUUCGUGGGCACCGUGGUGUCCACCAUCGGUUUCGGGAUGACCACUCCGGCCACGGCGAGCGGCAAGAUCUUCCUCAUCUUCUACGGGCUGCUGGGCUGUGCCGCCACCAUCCUCUUCUUCAACCUCUUCCUGGAGCGCCUGAUCACGGUGCUGGCCUUCGCCCUGAAGACCUGCCACGAGCGGAGGCUGAGGAGGAGCGGCGUCAGGCCGCAGCUGGACCUGCGGGAGGACGGUGGCGGGAGCGGCGGCCUCCCCGCGGCCGACAGCCUGAGCGGCUGGAAGCCCUCCGUCUACUGCGUGAUGCUGAUCCUGGGCCUGGCCGCCCUCACCAUCUCCUGCUGCGCCUCGGCCAUGUACACCCCAGUGGAGGGCUGGACCUACAUGGACUCCAUCUACUUCUGCUUCGUGGCCUUCAGCACCAUCGGCUUCGGGGACCUGGUGAGCAGCCAGAACCUGCGCUACGACCACCAGGAGGCCUACCGCCUGGCCAACUUCCUCUUCAUCCUGAUGGGGGUCUGCUGCACCUACUCCCUCUUCAACGUCAUCUCCAUCGUCAUCAAGCAGUUCCUCAACUGCACCCUGCGGCGGUUGGCGAGCCGCUGCCGCCGGCGCCCGGGGAGGAGGCCCCUGCGGCCAGCGGGCAACGCGGUGGCGCCGGGCCGGCCCAAGAUCUCGGCGGACGCCGACCCCUUCAACGAGUGCGACGGGCGGCGGCAGUCGGGGGAGAUGAUCUCCAUCAGGGACUUCAUGGCCGCCAACAAGGUCUCCCUGGCCAUCAUGCAGAAGCAGCUGAUGGAGACGGCCGGAGGGCACCCCAGGGCCGGCGGCACAGCGGCGGCGGCGGCGGCGGCGUCCCGAGCCAACGGCUUCAGUGAAGGAGUGGGGGCGCUAGCCAUCAUGAACAACAGGCUGGUGGAGACCAGCGUGGACAGAUGACCCAUCCUCGCCCCCCUGGCCUGCUCCCUUCAAUGAAAUCAUUUAGUUUAGAGACACCGCGUAGAA